AUGGAGAAGCAGUCCAAGACGGAAGGCGGAAAGGCCAACAAGCCGGACCUGUACAAAAACUACAUGGAUGAGAUGAAUGUUGUGCCCUCCAUAUUACAAAAUAAGCAUUUAGAUUCAUUCGCAUCUAAUUCUACUAUUGAUGAAAAUAAAUUAAUGAACGUAAAUGAUCUGUGUAACCUUUACUUGGAUCGCAACCCCGAGAAGGGAAGCACCAAGCGGGUGGUGGAUGGACACAUGGAGGAGGAGGGCACCGGAGAACCCAAAGAGUCGAGCUCACCCGGAAUGGUGAGAAACAACUCUGUGAUUGAUUUUUUAAAUACACCCAUCGUGAAUGACAACGGCGUCAACACCAACAACUGCUUGAGCGAAGCAAGGAAAGUAGUCCUUCCUGGUGAAGACGCAUCCGCGAGUGAUCAGAUUGGCGUGGAACAGGACCACACACAUGUGAAGGAGGAGAACAAAACGAACGGGGCAACUUCUCUUCACACAGACAGUUGUGACCUUACUCAUACAAAGACAGGAAUGAGUGAGAAGGACUUGCUGACGGAAGAGAAUUGGGUAAAACAUAACCCCUUUUUGUACAAGGACAGUUCAAAUUAUGCAGAACAAAAUGGAGAGCAGGAUCCCCUUUGUGGUGUCUCCAAUUAUGCAUGUAACAAUGAAAAGAAUAGCUUCUACGGAAAUGGCGUGGAGCUCAACAACGGUUACAAUCACAGAUUCAUUAAGCAUUAUUUAAAGCAACUGAUGAACAAACCAAAGAGCGUCCAGGAGGGCGAGGAGCUCAACUUGGAUGAUAAAGCAUUUGAUGUGAAUGCCUAUUUGAGGGUUCAGGGUUGCCUUCCGAAGGAUGACGCGCUGCCAGGUGAACCCGUCUUCGGCCACGAGGCCAAGGACACACAAGGGGGCAUACACGUGAAUGAUCAAACGGAGGAUAACACCCACAAAAAGCUUUCCACCCCCUGUGACGAAUGGAAUAAUUAUACUAACGCUACAAAUGAAGAAGCCCCAAAUGAGGGGUUCAAUAAGGGAGUCGCAAACUGCAUGGAGAGUUGCAUGAAUAGUUGCAAUUGCCAUUUGGCUAAUCACUCGGAAGACACCAACCAUUUGUCUUCACAGAUGGAACACCGAUCCAAGGGGGAGGAUCAGAACCUAGACCAUGUCUUUAAAAAUAUUGCAAUGAAGAUUCACCAAUACUUGAGAAAUUGCAGUAGGAAGAUGAUUUUCGAGGAGGGGAAACAGCCCCAUGCUGGGUCCACUCGUGGCAUAGCCCAAGGAAGCAUCCACCACCCCGCCGAUAUAUCCACCAGUGCGCUUAAUUCCAUCACCAUUUCUGUUGGAGGAGCCCACCCAGCUAGCAGCCAUAUGCACGCGUAUCCCUCCUAUAUGCACAACCCCGUCCAUAUGAACACCCCCUUUCAUAGCUGCACGGUGAAGGACAAAGCAACCCUACAGGGGAGCAUCAAAAUAACCGUCCCCCUAUUUCUGCUCUACAUUACGAAUGCUUAUGGCAUUGGGGGGGACGUCACUGGCGGGAGCAGCAGCAACGACAGUGCGCAUGCAAUGCGUAGGAAGAAGCUGAAACAAAAAAUCAUCAACGAAAUUAUAUUUGGAUUCACUUAUGCAGAUGCAGAUAAAUAUGUAGAGCAGCUUCUAUGCAAUAUAAAAAAGUGUUUCCUUCAAGUGUUAGACUACCUGAAGGAGUACAACCCCCAGUGGGUCUGCAGCAACAAUGGGGAUUCAUACUUUUAUCACUUUAGAAAAAUCAUGGCCAUCAAUAGCUCCUAUGUCGAUGUGAAUUCAAUUGUGCACUACGCCAGGGUGCUCACCAGCAUGAAGAGGAAGAAGUGGACCGGUGGGCCGAUCAGGGGAGUUGUUAGAAGCGGCCUGGACAGAAACAAUGUAGACCGUAAGGUCCCCAUGCGAAGUGGAAAUGCAAAAAUCAUCCCCUUUGUAAAUGCACUGUUGCCCAAUGCAACAAGUGACAUAACAAGGAAUGAACACAAUGACACAUCUGGUGGGGGGAAUUUUUAUCAGGGUGUAAAGGAUUGUGGGUUCAACGAACCGAUACGUGAUGUGGAUGGACCCCACUGCGUUGGAAGAUCGUUAAAGAGAAAACACAGCUUGGGGGAGGAAAAAAACCUACAUGGAUAUACCCAUAAGCAAAUAAAAACAGAUACAAUCUCCACUGAUGCCAAUUGUACAAAUAACGAACUGAGUAAGAAUGAGCCUUCUUUUGUAGAAGGCGCAGUUGGCCUGAACGAAGCUGCGUAUGGAGUUGAGCAAGGUCAUCAUGAGUACGACCCCACCUUGAUGGCUUCUAAAGAGGCUGACGCAAUGCUGUGCACGAAAGACAUGCUAGACGUGGAAGACAAAAUUUAUUACGCACCCAGUGAUAUGCGAACCAGCAUUGAGACGGUGAUUAACGAGAAUGGCAAGGGAGAUAAGUACGAGCGUAAAUUGGGGUUGAAGGUGUAUGGCGACGAGGACGAACUGCACGACGACGGCGCACAGGGGGGAGAGACCUUUGCAGAGCGUGACGUGACCGCCACGACCCCCAAGGGGGAGUACACUCCUCUGGAAGAAGGAGCUCCCGCUGAUGAGACGCACCCAGAUGACCCAUUACACAUUAGCCAUAUCCACCAUGCAGAACAGAACGAGCAGGAUGUGAAGAACGAAAAAAAAUCCCUGUUAAGCCACUUGCAAGAGUCGACAAAAAAGGAGGAAGCGUCCACUGGGAAGGAAAGCCCAAAUGGGGAAGGCGAAUAUGUGAGUGUACAAGAGGGCGAAGAUUCUAAUGGAGAAGCUCAGCAAGAGAAGACGGGGCAGGCGGAGGAUGACGCAGAUCAUACUUCGGACCUCGGUGAGAGCCCAAGGAAGGAACAGAAUGAUAUCACCAGCUGUGGCGACGGACUCAAUUUGCAGUCGAGCAUAAUGUCCGGCGUAGAGGGAGCCGCCCUCCUCAUUGAGGACACGACUAGCAAACCCCCCAACGUCCACCCCACUAUGUAUGAUCAAUCUAACAUGUUUAAUGAGCAGUGCGUGAGUGUAUCGGAGCAGGACACAUUAAAUACGAAUGAGAGGAAGACUAGUGCUUGUGACAAAUUGAAUUAUGAGGAUUGCAAUUCUGUUUAUGAAAGUAGCCAUUUUACCAACUCCUUGCCUCUGCCUCUAGACAAAACGAAUGAUCUGGUAGGGACCGUCGGCGUCGUCGCAGCGGGUGGAGCAGUCGGCACUGAUGCGAUUCAGGGUGCUACCCAGCAUGAAGAGGAGCAAUUCCAUGUGGCAGAAUCUACGAACAAUGGCUACCUCAGCAAGCACAUCACAAAUGAAGCGGAAGUGGAACAGGGGCACCGCAAAUUUAAGAACCGAGUCGUUUCUCUGAACAACCCCAUGAACAACUCCAUAAUGCACCUAAAUAUAAAUAAAAAAAAAAAGAAGAAAAAAAAAAUGGUUACGCAUUAUGUGAAUCAAGUUAUGAGCAUCCUCUUCUGCAACGACAUUUUUAAUUAUGCAAUUAUCUUUACUCCCAUCCUGAAGAAUUUAGGCGUUUUGUCUUCCUUAAGUACAUGUACCAUGAACAACAUUCUGUUAAGACUAGAGCAUUUUAAGUUGAUCGAGGUGGACAAGGGGAAGAUUAUGCACAAGAACAAGAGCAUGCUCCUUCGUGGAGGGUUCAUUCAUAUGAAUGAGAAGACAGAUUGCUUUGCCACUUGCUCACCAAAUGGGUGCGUUUUGACCACGACAAGCAAUAAAAAUGCUAGGGUUGGUGGAAUGUAUGGUGAUGGGUCCCUCCUUGGACGUAGAGAAGAGACAGCGCUACAGUACCUACGGGGUAUAAUGGAGAAGGGAGGUCAGAAAGGGAUUGUGGACGAGGAGGUGAUGAAAAAAUUAGGUUUCGCUCAUCAUGGGGAGGUGCCCUGCUCGGGGGGAGUCUGUCCCAGUGGGCACUCUGCCCCGUUUGGCGUGCAAAACAGUCUUCACAACAACCUGCAUAAUGGUAGCUUUGGGGUCAAUCAGGAUGACCCCACUGUAAGCUGCUCAUACGGGAAAGGUCAAGUCGUACACUCCUGUGGCAGUGAAGACGGCGUAAGCAAAAACCAGCUGAUGGAAUUCAUUAGAGAGGUUCUAAUUCAGCAUGGUGCAUACAUAAACCAGAGCGUGGAGCUCAAUUCGAAUGACAGUGGUGUGUCGGGAGGGGAACCAGCCAACGAUGGUAGUCGGCAAUGCAGCAAAAAUGGAGACGAGGAAAGUUGUGGUGCGGUAGAAAACGACGUCACUAGGGUUAGUGAGAAAAUGCAAAAUAAUGAAACGGACAGAGCAAACGGUGUGAAUGAACAAAUCCCUUUUGAUGAUAGUUCAGCCUCGUUACAAACACAAGUGAAGAAAAAAAAUAAAUUCAAUUUUAUUGAACAAAGAGAUCACGAUAGGAUAGAUGCAGAUGUAAGUGACGUGGGCAAAACAAAUCCUCAGGGAAUCAUUUUAAAUAAGGAAAAUUUUUUUAAUUUGUUAAAGUGGUACCUGUCAAUUAAGGUCCCUGGUGGUUGUGAUAAAUGUUGCUGUGGCAAAUCUCAUGUGAGUGGACAGUCUCGUCUUUGUGACAGGGGAGGACCAGGGGGUGCUGUUUUGGUCAGCGGAGUGAAUGCGUGCAAUCACGACGGCCCCCUUAACGCUUAUGAGAAGGACGGGGGCACGAGACUGCACCUCUGCAGUGGCGAUAAGCACGGGCAGGUUGACACAAGUGGCGGACUUAUUCCCCCUAGCGACACCUCCAAAGGGCUUCAUUAUGGGGCCUUCCCCUAUGAUCAUCACGAGGGGAGAAAGACCUUCGGGACUGUUCACAACACGUGUGCAAAUGGAAAUAACAAUGUCGGGGCAAAUAUGCUCAAAGCACAAGGUGCAUUACAUCGGUGCAGUUCCUUUGAAGGGGAAGAGGCAGCAGGUAAUGGCCUUGCCACCAGUGUUAGCAGGACAUGUGGGCUUUACCCAUUCAAAGGAUGGAAGGACGCAAAUCAGUUACACAACUCACAUGAGUAUAAAGCAAAUGUUUGCCUUCACGAUAAUCAUCAUGUCAUGUGUUCCCCCAUGUGUUGUGUGGCCACUCAGCAUGGAAAUAACAUUAACGAUUUGCUCAGCGCAGAGAGAGCAGCAUGUACUCCUCACAGCUGCAACGGAAUUACCCACAACCACUUCUGCGAGGAGCAUGCGAAACUGUGUAACAUCUUAAAUGAGAAAAAUGUUAAGAGUAGUCUUAUGAGUGAACAGGAUGGAGGUGAAAACAACGAGGGCAGCAAUAUAUGUGGAGGAGAGUUAGGGAAAAUAAUUUUCAAUUUAAUUAAAUCAGGACAAAUCAAUUUAGAAGGUUUGCCUCAUGAAAAUUUUUUGUUUGACUCGAAGAUGAUGGGACAGACGAAUGACUCAACGGCGUGCAGGCAUCGCAUGGGACAGAGCAACAAUGAGAUGUAUGCAUGUGAGCACCAUCAGGAUGCAACACAUGGUGGGGUCAGUACUCCACCCAACUGCUUCUCUUAUGUGAAGAGGUUAGUGGGGGAAGGGGGUGGUAACGGCGUCAUGGAUGUAUGGAACCAUCUGGCCCCAGAGUUGUUAAACAAUAAGAAUGAAGGACAGGUAGUUAAGGAAGAGGAUAUAGCAGAGGGUGGACAAGUGCAAGGACAGGAAAAACUGCUUAGGAGGAGCAGUAAUGAAUGCCCAGAUGUGAAACUUGCAUGUGAGAAUGUGGUUGACGGGGCCAGUACCAACUGUGGCAUUGGUAGAAGUGGACUAGGGUUUAGCACGGCGAACGGUUCUACAUGUACACAAGAUGUCCACGACAAGAAUUAUAAUUUGUGGAAGUUGUAUCAUCUGUAUGAACUACUAGAGAAGGAGAAGAACGACACUGGUGCGGAAGAUAAAAUGUGUACGGACAUGCAAAAUGAAUGGAGGAAAUAUUUCGCCAAGCAUAACAACUACCUGUUGCCCAAAGGUAAGGUUGCAAACUCCUUCCCCUCUUGUGAUCACGUGGCGAGUGACAAUGCGAAUGAACAGGAAGGUUCGAGUGGGAACAAAGUGGUAGGUGAUGGUUGUCGGUUGCAUGAGAAGCAAUUGUAUUUGCUGAGCAAGGAACUGUUACAUUCGAGGAGGGAUAACAAUAUGCAGUUUGCCUCGUCCAUGGAGGAAGACAAUGGGUUGUUACCGUGCUGUGAUAAGGACGAUGGGGGUGGCGGUUGCGGAGUGGACAACGCUGUGCGUAUUAGCAGCAACCACAUGGGUAACGUAAUCGGUGGAGCGUCUGGAAGCCAUUUACCAGCUGCGACAACAGGCGAGGAAGGAAUGUACAAGGAUACCCACAGGACUUACAAAAACUUCUUCCUAAAUGAGGAAGAAAACCAGAGGAAUGAAACAAGCAUGUUUUUUCACCGUGGCCAUAGUAGGAUUAACAAAACGAAUGAUGACAGGAUGAAAAAUUACCUAUCAUCAUUGUAUAACUCCAUCGUUUACAAAUCUGGGUUCUACCCAACUGAGGGGUCUAAUCACAAUGGUGCACAGAGCAGUGGUGGCAGUGGCAAUAUAUGUUUCAACACCAGUAACCAUAUGAACAGAUGCACAGAUUCGAGGAGGAGUAGCAACCUCUGUGACUACCUAACCAACUUUACCUACUCUAGUCCGAAUGAGAAUUGUAAUGAUAAUUUCAGUCAUGUAGAUGAGUUGGGGAAAUUCCUGCUCGUGCAAGGAGAACACAGCAACAGUAGGGAUGGGUGCAGUGGUGGAAGUGCCCCCCAUGGGUUAGGUCGGUAUGGUAGUGGUAGGCGUAGACAUCACCGCCUUGGAGGAGGAGGAGGAGGAGCAAGUGGUGUUAUAAAAGGAAGCAGUCACAAUAAAAGCUUUGCUCAUUUGUACAAAGAUGUAGUAUCAUCACUUGAUCAUAGGAAGACCAGGCUGUGUAACAAACAUAUGAAUAAUUCCAUGGGUGGCUUCUUUAAUGGAAGGAACAACACAGAUGACGAUAUCAUUUUGCAUGGCUACCUGACCAGGAAGAGGAGAGAAGAAAUGGCUGAUCACAUACAAAAAAAAAGAGCACUCUUGAAAAAAAUAAAAAAUGCUGAAAAUAUGACUGACGAAGAAAUAAAUACAAGUCUAAUGCAAAUUGCUGAAGACCCCAUGGAAUUCAAUUUUUUAAAAAGGUUUUAUCUCAAUGGUGGUGGGGACAUGGAAGAAGACCCAGAGGAGGAUGACGAGGUGGACGACGACGAUGAUGAUGAUCAUGUGGAUGGAGGUCGUCGCGGUGGCGUUGCUUUAAGCAGUCGAGACCAUGACCUAAAUGGGAAGAAAAAAAUACACAUGAAAAAUGUGUACCUCGGUGGUAGAGGAGCAGCAGGGGGUAAUGCAAAUUUGGUAAAGGGUGCACGACACAAAGAUAUGAAAGGUGGCAACAGCGUUGGGUGUAGUGUCGGUGGAGCCAAUCAUGAAGAUGAUGAUGAAAACGUUAGUAGUGUCGAAUCUACUAAAAUAAGAGUGAAGGGAGAACGAGGAAAGAAUGUGAAUUUUUUCCUCAACAACUUCACAUUGGAGUAUGGAAGGGGAAGGAGAAACAAAGUCAUAAAUCAAAAUUAUAUGAAAAAUUAUGAACUCGAGAGUAGGUAUUAUGGAAGGAGGGAUUGCUCCACUGGUGGUGGUGCUGCUGCUGCUGGUGCAGAAGCAGGGAUGCAUGGUAAUGGCAACAGCAAUGGUAUUGGUGGUGGGCAUGGCAAGGCACACGCCCACAUGGGUGCAAAGCUUAAUGGGGUGUGUUAUACGGGUAAUGGAAGAGGUCACAGCAAGGACAAGACGAAAUUGCACCACCUGGAGACCGCGACAACAACAGGUACCUCCGUUGGUAGGGGAAACAAUGCAAGUGGAAAAGGAGCAAAUGGAGGAAACGGAUCUAGAAGAACCAACACCAAGGGAAGGAAUAACGGAGCUGUAGAUGCGAUUGAAAAUUAUGAAUAUAAAAUGUCUGCGUCAGAACUGAAGCCACAAAGAGGAGUCUACUUUGACCGAUCGCAGAAGGCAUGGAUAGGCAGCUGGUAUGAGGAGGGAAAACAAAUUAAAAGAAGAUUCAAAAUUAAAUAUUAUGGUUGGGAUGAAGCUCGCAAUUUAGCCACCAAGGCCAGAUUCGCCUUUGAAAAUAGGACCAAGCAUAUAAAGGGCGCUGGAAAAAAAGGGGCCUCUGCCACGACUACCACCACAGCUACCGCUGGAGUGACCGCUGGAGCGACUGCGGAGGGAGGCGUGUCUAACGGUGUGACUUCAGGCGGAGGGAACAACGAUGGGACAGAGGCCGUCAAUGCGAAUGCCUCGGGGGGGUAUACACGCGCGGGGGAACGAAAGGAAGAAGACGCGGCCAAUCUCAAUAAGAACGGGACGAAUGAAGAAGGCGUUAACCAUGUGGAAUGCGGUAGCUAUGUGGACGGGACAAACAGGAGAAUCACAUCGAGAAGGGGUGGAGGCGCGUACCUGAGGGCCACCAAUGAAAACCACGCAGUGGAGUCCAGUAACGCUCCUACCAACAGACGCGAUGGACGAAGGGGAGCGACACAUAAAAUGAAGAAAGAGGACGAAGAACAACACUAUGCCUUGAAUGGUAAGGCGGCAGCGGCAGGCGACGACGAUGAUGAUGAGGAGGACGUUCCAACGCAGAAUCAGAAAAAAUUGAAAACCCAUAAUAACCCAGGGGAGGGUAAAAAGAACGAAAAGGGCGUCAUCCCCCCCCCCUACCCUGAUCCCAUCAAUUACAAUGAUGUAGGAGGAGAAUCCACAAACAAGUACGAAGCAGGGGGGAGGGAAAAGUAUCCCUUUGAUCAGCACCAUAUGAAUUAUGAGGACUACCACCCCGCCGCGUAUGAUAAGAAGCGCAAUAUAGCUAGCCACCCCAAAGGUGAUACCCGAGGUGGAGGGUGCAAUAAGGAAAGUGGUGUCUACGAUAGUUAUGCGAGGAAGUACGCGAACGAGUAUAAAGGGGGGGGAGAUAUGAACAUAUUCAGUGAAUGGAAUGAGAUUCACCGGGCAGGUGGUGGUAUGUAUGAGAGUGGUGCAGGGAUAGGAGACUAUCCUCUGAGCGGGAUGAGUAGUGUCAAUGGACUCAACGACCUGGGUGGAAGCAGAGGAAAGGCGAAGAACUUGUCCCAGGACAGCGCCCUCAGGCACUAUGAAGAUUAUUAUAUGAAGGGUGGUUACCCUGAUGGGAAGCCCAGCGCAGACCACACAGGGGAGGAUGAACAUGUUUCAAAAGAAAAGAACGACAAUGAACCGAACGGCAGCAGUUGUGUUAGUGGAGGAAGGAGAAGAAUUAACAACCAUGGGAAUCACCACGCGAACCACCACGCGAGGAAUGUGCACGAAGACGAUGACCAGGAUGACGGCGAUGAUGAAGAAGAAGAAGGCAUGAACUUGGAGUACUGCAACCAGAUGGGGACAACGAAAAGGGAUCGAGCAAAUAGGGAAAACAACCUAACUACCACAACGGAGCACAAAGGUAAAAAUAGCAAUGCGAAAUGUGCAGGUGGAAAAGGAGGAGACAAUGUAAUCACUUAUGCAAAAUCAAAUAAUAAAAAGUCGAAUGAAGCGAAUCAAAAUCAGAUGGAGAAUUCAGUUAUUCUCCCCCAGGGGGUCUUUUAUCAGGACUCAAAAAAAGCCUUCUGUGCUAAUUGGUACUCCAAUGGCAAGCAGGAGAAAAGAUAUUUUUCCAUUAACAAAUUUGGGGAGGAGAGAGCCAGAAAUUUGGCUAUUGAAGCUAGGAAGAAAUUUGAGCACGAUUAUAAGAAAAACCACAGUGGGGGUAAAAAGGAGACACAUCAUUCGUCUUGUAGUGUGAUGAAAGCAGAAUCGUCUAAUGAUAUAACUGGACUCGAUAGCUAUGAAAUGGUGAAGAAUUCUAAUCACAGUACCAAACACAAUUAUGUGAGCCAUGCAGGGAAGGGAGCCGCAGCCAUGAAUACAGAUUUGAUUACAACAGCCGGGAUGAAUAACCUGAAUCAGGGGGACAAGAGUGACGUAGGGCACAAUAGUAUAGAUGACGCCACUCACUCGAUUGGCACUGUUGAUGGGAAAAAUGCACACAUGAUAAACAGUGGGGCGAAUGGAAAAGCGAUUGGAGGAGCAGGUGGUGGUGGGGUGGGCGGUACUCCUCCCAAGACCAGCAACGAUGAUCAACAUUAUGUGCAGCAACAUGGCUACGUCAAUGAGAACAAUUACUCCAAGUGUAAGGAGAGCAAUUUGUAUAGGGAGGACCUGUACAGGAGCCAUCUCUGUAGAGGUGAUCUCAUUCAAGGAUACCCCAGAACGGACGGAGUAUACAACAACGUCAUGCCAAUAACUACCCAAAGUGACAACAUCCGAAUGAACGUUGUGAAUAACCCUAAUGGGAAUAGCAGCACGAGCCCUCCCUACACGACUAACAACAACGCAGCAAAGGACAACAUCAAGCUGGUGAGUAGCCCUGCUGGAAGCAAUAGCACCACCGACAUGGUAAAUAAUAAUGUGGGCGAUUGUGUUGUGAGCAAUGGUAGAGGAGGGGGAGAAGGUGGCCAGAACGAUGUGGACAUGAGCAUGAGCGCGCCAUUAAGUAACACUGCUAUGGGAGCAGGAAACAAUGUAAGGGAUAACGAGGGGGGUGCUGACCCUGACGCGAACGGAGUACACAACGGAAAUGGCAUUGACAACUCCCUCGGAGCCAACAUGGGAAUGGCAAGCACUGUCACCCCCCCAUUUAGAAGCGGCAAUAAUAGCGGCGGCAGCGGCAGCGGCAACCUUUUUGUGGGCCCAAAGGACGCGUGCGUCCCGGGCACGGACGAGCAAACGGGGGAGAACAACUUAUACACAGGUGGUAUGGCCAGCAAAACAAACGAGAUGCAUCACUACCCUGCAACAAGUGAAAACAUGAGUAAAGCAUUAACAAACGAAGAGGUCAACCCUCUUGGUACCCCCUUCGACCCAAACACAAAAGAGUUUUCUACCCCAAAUUAUUACACUGGGAAUAAACAAGCCACGAAAAAUCAGUUCACCAGAAGCAUAAAAAAGGAGAUGCUAGACGAUAUGAACAUGUACACCAAAAUGGAAAAAAUGGAGAAAACGGAAAAGGCCAACUCCAACCCUGCGGGAGUUUACAUGAUUAGGAUCAACGGCAUUGUGCAGGCAUGGAGGGCCGAGUGGAGAAGCCCCAGUGGCUGUAAGCGGACCAAGAACUUUGGCAUCAACACCUAUGGCACCACCUUGAGCAAGAAAUUGGCGAUCGAGAUGCGGGCCAGGAUGACAGGCGAGUGCCUCGUGUCGGAUGACGGCACUGUCUUUGAUUACACCAAUAAGAAGACCCCCAAGUGA